UGCCUCAGCCUCCCAAGUGCUGGGUUUACAGGCUUGCACCAUCACGCCUGGCUUGGCUUUUGUAGUUUUGCCACAGGGGUUGGGACUGGAAUGGACUCUAACACCUUCUUCCCCAAAAAAACCCUCAGGAUUUUAUGCUCUUCAAUCUAAUUGAUUGGAUGAGACUUCCCAGGACAAGGCAGGGCCUGUGUACUGGCUCAGUGGCAUAGAGAGCUGAGCCUUUUAGAGCAGGGGCCAAGGAGGGCCUCUGACCUCACAAUAGCCAGGGCCCAGUAGGCCAGCCUGGUAGACUCUGGUACCCUCUUCCAGCUGGGGCAAGACCCAGGGCCCUGGGCAGCAUCCAGGUGCGGUGCCCUCCUGUGGGCUGCACCUUCUCUGCUGCCCCAGGGUAUGUCUCUACAUACCAAUUAUGAAGGGCUUCGGCAUCAAAUAGAGAGGCUGGUGCACGAGAAUGAGGAACUAAAGAAGCUCGUGCGGCUCAUUCGGGAGAAUCAAGAACUCAGGUCUGCGAUCAAGACUCAGGCGGGCAGCAUCAACAUCAGUACGAUCGCCAGUGGGCUUGGCGAGGUGGCAACAGGCCCUGCUCAACACCAGGGUGUCUUCUUGUCCCCGUCCCCAGCAGCAGCAAAUGAACCAGUCCUGGACGAAGUAGGGGUUGUAGCCCUGGCACCCCUGGUCGACAUGCUGAGCAGCCCACACCCCAGCCCUACAGCUGGCUCUCUCAUGAGCCCCCUGACGGGUCCUUUCAACACGCUGCUGUCCAGCCCAGCACCUGGGUCACAGAGCAGUCCGUUCUCCAGCAUCCUGAGUGGCUCCCUGGGCAGCCACCUGGCUGGUCCCAUGACCAUUUCUCCAGGGGGUACCUUGGCCAGCUCUCUGGGGCUGCCCUCCACCAGCCCCCUGAGCAACCACCUGAUGGGUCCCAUGGCAGUAUCCCCUGGGGCCACCCUGACCAGCUCCCUGGCCAUGUCUAAAAGCAGCCCCCUGAUGGCCCCUGUGGCAGGCACAGUUGCUGUCUCUCUAAGCAGCCCCCUGCUCACCUCCACAGCUACCCCUGUAGGUGUCUCCCAGAACCUUCCAGCCAACCCCAUGAGCAGCCUGGUGCUGUCAGAGGCCCCAAGGCUGCGGCUGGCAGAGCCACUGCAAGGAAGCCCCUCUGGGCCCCCCUCCUCGGCUGGGACAGGGCACGCAGCCAUCUCCAAAGCACUCUCCAGUGAACACCCACAGCCCACCCAAGGCCCAGAGCCCCUCAGCGUGGCAUUUAUGGGCACACCCCUCCAGACCUCCACCGCUGUGGGUACUGUAGCCACGCCUGGUCCAAUGAUGGCCUUCUCCUAUGGCACCUCAGAUGUCCAGGCCCAGCCUAGUGUUCCCCAAGGACAUAAGGUUCCUAUCUCCAUGCCCACCUCUUCAACCAGCUCCCCAGCUGGCAGAGUCCUCAACUCUGCCCCUACCCCUGCCCCCCAAGCUGCUGCCAGCUACACCCCCUUGAGUACUUCCCAUUCCACCUCCCGGCCACUGCCCAGCCCCAACUCUCCUCCACGAAACCCUCACACUCCACCUCGCACCUCAUCCUUCCCGGCUUCGGUCCCGGACACCCGGGGUUCACGAACCACGGAGACAAAUCGGAAAAGCAUCCCGGAGUUGGAGCGGAAGCUGACCCACCGCAAAACUAGCAAAUUCCCUGACAGCUCCCGAGAGACGAAGCAAGUGGCCUGGGAGAGGCUAGUCGGGGAGAUCGCCUUCCAGCUGGACCGCAGGAUCCUGUCCAGCAUCUUCCCGGAGCGUGUGCGCCUCUAUGGCUUCACUGUCUCCAACAUUCCGGAGAAGAUCAUCCAGGCCUCUCUGAACCCCAAUGACCACAAGCUGGAUGAGGAACUGUGCCAGACACUCACGCAACGCUAUGUGAACAUCAUGAACAAGCUGCAGAGUCUGGGCUACAACGGACGGGUACAUCCAGCGCUGACGGAGCAGCUAGUGAAUGCCUACGGUAUACUGCGUGAGCGGCCAGAGCUGGCUGCAUCCGAGGGUGGCUCCUACACCGUGGACUUCCUGCAGCGGGUGCUGGUGGAGACAGUGCACCCUAACAUACUCACCGAUGCACUGCUCCUGCUCUCCUGCCUCAACCAGCUGGCACAUGAUGAUGGCAAGCCAAUGUUCAUCUGGUGACCCUGGCAUCCGGCUGGCCUAGGCUUGCUCUGCUCUGCAGUCCUGUGCACAGCCAUUAAAUCUUCCCACAGAGGCUACCGCUGGGCCCAGACUGUUCUGGGGUGCUGCCGCCUCUGGGUGACUUGCCAGACCCCUGCACCAGGCUCCUUCAUCCUGCCUGCUGUGGAGUUCUGUUGUUCUAACUAUAGUGACAGGUCCCGAGAACGAGGGGCCCACGGAUGAUAAGAAAAAGUAAGAGAGACAAGAAAAGCAAGAGAGGCAGAAGUCUGGGAUCGGGGGUGUUACAGCCUCGUGGACUGCAGCGCCGAUCACCAAACACAAUCACCUUUUAUUGAGCCAGAAUCAAGAACCUAACUAGAACAAGCAGGCGGAUAACAAACGUUUCAGUAAUUAA